AUGCUUGCUAAGAAGUAUUUGAAGAGCAUUGAGAAUUUUUUGGAAAACAAAUUAAAGGACAAAGCAAAAGAUGAUCAAUCAUGGGAGCAGAUCCGUUCAACACUAACAAAUGUUAGAAUGUUUUUUCUUGGAAAAUAUCCAAAUUUCGUCACCACUAUGGAUGCUUUGGAAUUGGUAGAAAACUAUCUGAAGGUUCAAUUUCUACCAGAGGAAAAAAAAACAAUAACCAUUGACUUGACCCAACCAACAUGUCGCUGA